AUGUCUCGUCGUCCAAAUCCCGCCCAGGCGGCCCAAAAUCAACAGACUAUCAAAGCUCUCUUGAAACUCGAGCCCAACAAGGUAUGCGCUGAUUGUAAACGCAACAAACAUCCGCGAUGGGCCUCCUGGAACCUGGGAAUAUUUAUCUGUAUUCGUUGUUCGGGCAUACAUAGGGGCAUGGGCACCCAUAUCAGCCGAGUGAAAUCUGUGGACCUUGAUGCGUGGACCGACGAACAACUCCAAAGUGUAGUACGUUGGGGAAAUGCCAGAGCGAAUAAAUACUGGGAGGCGAAGUUGGCCCCCGGGCAUGUUCCGCCAGAAGCAAAGAUAGAGAACUUUAUCAGGACUAAAUAUGAAUCCAAACGCUGGGUCAUGGACGGCCCGAUGCCUGAUCCUUCGACAUUGGAUGCCGGCGACGAUGAUGUUCCCCUAGCAGUUGUCCAAGAAAAAGCGAAGAUCGAACGCUCCGCUUCGCAGAGGGUCGCUCCGGCCAGGCAGCCAGCAGUGCAGCAUCGCCCUCAGGCGUCCAUUGACCUUUUUGACGAUGACGGCGUCGCUCCUCCGGUCCGUCCCAGCACCACAGAGCCCUCAAUUCGAGCUCCCCCCAAGCAGCCGCAGGCUGCACCGAAACCCACACGGCCCGGCGAUUCCUUGCUCGGUCUCGAUUUCUUUGGAAGUGCACAGCCGGCAGCGAAUAGUCGCCCCGCUAGUGUCGCGUCAACGCCGGCGGGCGGGAUGUCUAGACCUGACCUGAAGCAGUCUAUUCUUUCCCUCUACUCCAAGCCGCAGCCUACGGCGCAUGAGCGCACCUCUUCGUUUGGCGAUCUAGCUUCCCCUCCCCCACAAUCGACAUCUUCAUCUAACCUUGGAGGAUUGACCGACGCUUUUAGUGGACUGAGCUUCCCCACCUCCCCCCCGGCUCAGAGGCCUGCAGAAAAGCCAUCUCCCUUUGCAGGUCUGACGAGCUUCGCCAACUCCAAGUCAGCUCCGGCAGCGCCCAAGGUGACAUCGCCUACGGCCUCAAUUGGAAGCACAGGCGGUGGUUUGUUUGAUAGCCUCACAUCUCCUACUGCUCCCUCCGCGAAGCCUCAAUCGCGCACUACAUCGAUAUCAUCUAACAGCAACGACUUCGGGUUCUCUAGCUUCCAGUCUCCACCACCACCCAAGGCGAACCCUCCAUCGGCAUCGCUUUCCAACGACCUCUUUGGACUGUCCUCCCCUCCGAUCUCUGCAGCCCCCAUCCCGCCACCUGCGCGCUCACCGCCGCCAGUGGCAGCACCCCAGCCAGACAUAAGCUCUGCAUUCAACCUCAGCCAGCCAGCUCCCAAACCAGUAGCACCGCCUCAGCCAUUAACCACGACAACCUCCAUUCCUACUCUCAGCGCCGCUGCCAUCGACCCUUGGGGCUCCAACGCAUGGAGCACCCCUGAGCCUGCUGCACCAGCUGCCCCUCAGCCAUCCUCCAUGAUGAAACUUCCGGACACUUUAACCGCCAACGACGUCGGCGCUGGCUGGGGUGCCCCGUCAGCAGCAGCAUCUAAGCCAACCCCACCCACUGUUGCGGAGGACGAAGAUUUUGGCGGCUGGGCGAGUGCGGCCCCUAUCUCUUCUACGAGUACCACUAAUGUAAACGCUCCACCUAAACCGGCAGGCGGGUUUAGCGGAUCUGAUGACUUGUUUUCUAAUGUAUGGGAGUAAACUGAUUCUUACCUGCUCUUGUUCUUCUUGCCUCUUGUCGAUCCGGACUAUGGUGGGUGUCAUUCCAUUAUCUGUUUCUCCUUUGCUGCUGGAGUUCUUUCUUAUCCCCUCUUUGAUAUCUACCCACACACCUUAAGCUGUACAUAAUGUAGAUCUUUAUGUCUCUUAGAC